UUAGUACUCAGAGCUGACGUGACAUAUCUACCCCCGGUCAAAAAGAAACCUGUCCUGCCCAAGGGCACUGAGCACCGUCAUUCAAGUCCCUACUGGCUGUGAUCGUUCCAUCUGAAGGGGCUUGAGCUCAUACGAUGACAGUUGCCUGUCCCGCCUUUCGCCACUCCAUGGGCGAAGUGGCAACGUCGGAGGAAGCCAGACAGGUUUCAUGGGAGGCGCCAGUCCCUGUGAAUCGCUUCUGGGACAGCUUUAGAUACUGUGUCGCCCGCAUCUUUCUCGGGGAUUUCACCGAUCCCGAGCUUCGUCAAUUACCUAUCGUUCCGGACAGUUCUCAGGACCAAACAACAAAAGUACGGCUUCUCCUCACGCUGCUGCAGGCGAAGCUAGCCACGGCACAAGCGGCAUCCUCGCCAUCUCAGCCACUCUACGAGACAGAUUACAAGCGCUGGUACGGGCUAUGGCAAGCCGUUUGCGUGAUGCAGGACGAGUUGCAUCUCCCGGAGGCGGAAGACACGGUUCGAUUGCUCGUCAAUCCAAGACCGGACAAUUCUAAUGUGGUCUCCCCUCACAUGCAGGCGGAGCACUUGGUGAAGAUUGGGAAAUAUGAAGAAGCCGAAAAGGUGGAAGGGCCAGUCUUGGCCUGGAUGACCUUCCAUUAG